ACUAAACGAAUAAUAUUUACUUUUAAUAUUAUUAUUUCAUCAAAGAGUAAAGUAAAUAUACCAAAAGGAAUAUUUCAUAAAGAAAUUUACCAUUACAUGCAUUAUUAAGGGCCACAAAAAUACGAAUAUUUGUUGACAAUGAACAUAAAUAGUUCGUGAUAAUUAAUUAUUACUAAUUUGUGGUUAUUAGUUUAUUUUUUCUGUGGUUAGUAAAGCUGUAAUGUCUGGAAAAACAGGAGAUACUGCACCUCCUAUCAAAAGAUACAGAAGAGAGGAGAAAUCCUCAGAUUCAGAAGAAGAUGUAGAUAAUUAUGAACCGUACAUCCCUGUUAAAGAACGCAAGAAACAGAAGUUACUGAAACUUGGUAGAAUAGGCCAGAUUGCUGCCGAGGCUGCCGCCGAAACGAAAAGCUCCAGCGACAAUGACCCUGAUGACGAGACAUCACAAGAAGAGUGGGGCCGCCGAUACAAUGUAUCUCUACUGGAUCAACAUAGCGAACUGAAGCGUAUAGCUGAGGCUCGAGCACUAUCCGCCGCCGAGAGACAAGCAAGAGAAGAGGAGCAUAUACUUGAGAGUGUUGCGCAAAGCAAGGCUUUGAUGGGUGUUGCUGAACUGGCUAAAGGUAUUCAGUAUGAGGAUCCUAUAAAGACGUCAUGGCGCCCACCGCGGACAAUACUGGACAUGUCUGAGGAGCGGCACGAUAGGGUCAGAAGACAGUUGCGUAUUUUAGUCGAAGGUGAAGAUGUACCGCCUCCAAUCAGAACCUUUCAACACAUGAAGUUUCCUAAAGGCAUUUUGAGAGGACUGGAAGCUAAAGGUAUCAAGAAACCCACCCCCAUCCAAGUGCAGGGUAUCCCGGCGGUGCUCAGCGGGCGUGACAUGAUCGGGAUAGCGUUCACAGGCUCGGGCAAGACCCUGGUCUUCACAUUACCCAUCAUCAUGUUUUGUCUUGAACAGGAGAUGAAGAUGCCAUUCAUAAGAAACGAAGGUCCAUACGGUCUCAUCAUCUGUCCGUCCCGGGAACUUGCCAAGCAAACACACGACAUCAUACAACACUUCGUGCGGAGUCUCAAGAUGGCCGGAAACCCGGAAAUACGCAGUUGUCUAGCCAUUGGAGGUGUGGCGGUGUCGGAAUGUAUGGAGGUGGUACAGCGAGGAGUGCACAUAAUGGUGGCCACGCCGGGCCGACUCAUGGACAUGCUCGAUAAGAAAAUGGUCCGCUUGAAUGUGUGCCGGUACCUGUGCAUGGACGAAGCUGAUCGCAUGAUAGACAUGGGUUUCGAGGAGGACGUGCGAACUAUAUUCUCAUACUUCGCUGGUCAGCGGCAGACGUUGCUGUUCAGUGCUACCAUGCCGAGGAAGAUUCAGAAUUUUGCCAGAUCAGCCCUAGUGAAACCAGUCACAGUGAACGUAGGUCGUGCAGGGGCCGCUUCCCUCAACGUUCGCCAAGAGCUGGAGCCGGUGAAAGCUGAAGCGAGGACGGUCCACCUGCUGCAGUGUCUCCAGAAGACACCACCACCUGUCCUCGUCUUCGCUGAGAGGAAACAAGACGUGGAUGCUAUACACGAGUAUUUGUUGUUGAAAGGUGUAGAAGCAGUUGCGAUACACGGUGGCAAGGACCAGGAGGAACGGUCGCGAGCCGUGGAGGCGUUCCGGCGCGGUGAGAAGGACGUGCUUGUGGCUACGGAUGUAGCUAGCAAAGGCUUGGAUUUCGCUAACAUCCAGCAUGUGAUCAACUACGACAUGCCGGAGGAUAUCGAGAACUACGUGCACAGGAUCGGCCGUACGGGGAGAGCUGGCGGCGAGGGAGUCGCCACCACGUUGCUGGGGAGAGCAGCGGAUGACAGCGUGCUGCGGGACCUAGUGCAUCUGCUGCGGGAGGCCGGACAGAAGGUGCCUCCGUUCCUUUUGGACAUGAUCGGAGAGCCAGAUGUGCCUGUGGCAGAUGGCCAAGGGUGCUCCUACUGUGGUGGUCUGGGCCACAGAAUCACAGAAUGUCCGAAAUUGGAAGCUGUGCAGAACAAACAAGCGUCCAACAUUGGCAGACGAGACUACUUGGCCAACACAGCUGCAGACUACUGAACUCUACUGCCGCCUCCAAAUGGUUCACUAUGUAAAUUGAUGCCUUUGUCAGUUUUCUUUGAUAUUUAUUCAUAUAGAACCUUUAGGUCUCUUAUGCAAAUCAUACUUUUGUCAUGAUUUUCUAUAAAUAUUGUUUUGUCAAUUAGAUAUAAUGUCAGUUAUUAUUUCUUAAAUUUUAACAAUAAUUAUUGUGUCGAAUUUAUUGUACAAAAUUAUAAUCUAAUUCUAAAAUCAUAAGAAUGUCGAAAUAUUCGUAAAUUAAGAAUAAUAAUCCUCCCUGUGAUAAUAAUAUUAACCCGACGGUUUAGCACAUUAAAUUAUUACACUACUGAGGUACAGUAAUCAUUCCCAUGAUCCAAUUUGACUACGCCAAUAGGUUUUUUUUUAUAAAAUACAUAGUAAUAUGUAUUUAUUGUAAAUAUUUUUGUACUUAAAUAAAUAUGUAUUUAAUUAAAUUAAGUUUUUUUAUUCGAAUAUACCCCUUACAAUUUGGGUAUUGCAAUAGUUACAUUCUGCUGAAUGACGAUAUUUUAUUUUAUAAUUGGAUGAUACUGGAA